AUGCAGAUGGAGACGCCAUCAAGGAUCGAACGGCGUCUCGCUGCUCGUCAAGCGCGAGACGAGUCGAGCGGAGCACUGGACUUUUCAGACACUUCGCCAGGCAUCGGUAGACGCGCCUCCUUCACCAGCGCGUCCGCAUCCAGCUUAAGUCUGGACGACGGAGCAGAGGAGGAGGCGAGGGAUGAUGUCAGCGAUUAUCGACAUCACACACCCGAUGCCGCCACGCCAGUGCCUAGCCGCAUGAGAGAACAGGCGACAAAAGGUCCGAGCUUGCAGGCAGCUGUCGCUGCUUCUCAAGCUGCUGGUGCUGAUGUCGGCCCUGCCAACGACGAUUCCGCGUCUGCAUCUCUUACAGCUUCUCAAGGAUCGGCAAGGGAGCAAGCUAGAGAGAGCGCCUACGAUAGCCCCUCGACAUCGCGUCAAGUGCCUCGCGCUUCUGUCUCCAUCUCUCGCUCAGCUUCCGAUCUCAACUCGCUUCCUCGCACUCCAGCUCGCGAGCCUCAAGCUACUCAGAUCAGUUCCACUCCUUACGCGCCAUCCAUCGCUGGCCGUACGGUGACAUCCAUGGCAGGCUCUACUCGUGGCAACGGACUUGGACUCCUGCCGAGGUCUGCGGCAGCCGCUAGUUCCGCUGGCGCGUCGACAGCAUACGGCUCAGCAAGGGACAUUAGCGCGGCUCUUCAACCUAGCGAGGUCCCUGCCAGGUCGAGCGCACGGCCUAUGAGCUCUCGAAGCGCACAGAUGGAGCGCGUCACUUCUGCCAGCGACCUGGGAGACGAGAGUGGCGCGGAAGGGGCGCUUGUGAAUUCUGAAGAAUCAGGGGCAACUGGCACCAUGCACACGAGCGAUAUAGCCGUGACGCCCUUUGAUCCCAACACUGCUCGAAUGCCAGGACAGGAGGAUGAGGUGAACGAAAGGCGUGGAUCAGCGACUCCUUCUCAAUCGUUCGAUGAGGAAGACGUGGCUACACCACUCGGCAGUGCCAGGUCUCAGAGCUCGCAAUCGGGGAGCGCUAGUCACCACAGCAAGCGUCCGGGCUCGGCUACACCGGGAACGGACAGCAUGAACUCGGCGAGAAGAGGGAGAAUCGCAGAAGCUGUUGCUGCCGCGGAUCCUGAUCUCAGCGUUUCCGUCACACGCAGCAUUACCUUUGGGGCUAGUCAGAACGGCGACACCCAGGACCAGCAGGAUGUGUCUGCUCAAGUGACGCGGGUCAAGGAUCGAAGCGAAGAGCCUCGCGCAGUGAGUGCAAGCACGCAGAGAACGACAGAACGGCUACUCACCUCUUCUUGUGCCCCUGCAGCCGUUCAAGCCGAUGACGCCGAUUGCUAGAUUCCAGGCCAGACACCGCCAGGAGAGGGAGCAGACCGUUGACUCGGCCGAAGACGUCGAGCGCGCCCUCGGAAACCUCGACGCUGAAGACUCUGUUAGCACUUCGAAAGGCAACCAACGUAGCUCGCAGCAGCAGAGCGAAGGAGAGACAUCGAGACGGAGCGCCGAAAAUGAGACGCGAACAUCCUUUUCAAGCCCGGCGGCAGGCAAGCUUGACCGACAGCAGCAGAGUGCCAGAGCUCGAACCUCGGCUCCGCCCACACAGGUGGACGAGGCCGAUGCGGUCAAGACACCGCGGGUCGCUGGCAGCGCAGCAGAUCGAAAACGUAUGGCAAACUAUCUGCUCUCCACAGUCGCUCGCUCAGCACGCCCGCAGACAUUGCGCAAAGUAACUCCUCGUGCACCACUAGGUGCGCAAAACGGCAAGAAUCAUGCCAAAGCGUCUGCAAGCACUUCAUUUGGGGAGAGACGUCGCACUGCUCAGUCUCCCUUGUCGACUCUUGCUUCUCAUCUGCAAGCCAAUGCGGACGAGGCAGAGUCAAUGGUCUCUGAAGUCUCAUCGACGAACGACUUGACCGUGCCCGCUCACCGGGCGGGUCCAUUCAGGUCCAACACCUCUUUCCCAGGCGUAGGUGUCGCCACUGGAGCCAUCUCUGCUGGGGCGGGAACGGUGGAUAGUAACAGACUGAAUUCGUACUUGAACAAGAUAAAUGAACAAUUCGAGGAUGAGAAUCUGGGGCUGAGAGGAGAGAUCGGCGUGCUCAAAGAGGAGCUCAAUGACGCUCUAGCACGGAUCGCAGAAUAUGAACGUGCCGAGACGUCUCCUCGACACACGCAGAGCGAUGGAGAGGAUGCGAACGACCAUUUUCAGGAAGUACCACGUGCCGCACAAGAGCAGAUCGAACUACUGCAGCAAGGCCAGCGCGAACUGAACGAAGAGCUCGAUCGGCUAGAAGAAGAGAAGGCCCAAAUGGAAGAGCAGCUAGCGGCUUACAAAGCUGCAGCCGCAUCUGCAAAAGACCACGAAAGAGAAGAGCUGACGCCUGAGCAGGCUUCCGCUCUACGCGCUCAAUUGAACUUGCUCGAGGCAGACCUCGCAGAUAGACAGCAGGACAUCAAUGACCUUGAGCUCGAAAUGGACAACAUCAAGCGUGAUUCGGUUGAGCGCAUGAAGCGCGCCAUGAACGAGGCGGACGUGCUCCAGCAGGAGUCGGAGCAGAGAGCCCUUCAGGAGCGACGCGAAAUCGAGGUUCGCGAGGCCGAAGCUAGACAAGAAGCUCAGGAGCUGGCCGAAGAUAAUCAAGAGCUUCAGGCGCAGUUGGAGCAAUGCCAAGAAGAACGUGAUGCUCUCAAGCGAGCUGCCGCGAAGCGAGCUCGGGACCUGCAUGAUGCUGCUCAGAAUGAUGAUUUGGCUCAAGAGUUGGAACAAGCCUAUAUUGACCUGGAUGAGGCGAGAGAAAGAAUUGCAGCGACUGAUCAGGUCGAGAAGGACGCGGAGCAACUGCGGGACGAGAAUAGGGCUUUGAGAAGUCAGCUGGAAGACGCUGUUGCUCGUGAGGAGGAGCUCGAAGGACAUAUCGGUGCCCUUGAAGAUCAGGCGAUGACGCAAGAAACAGCGCUCCAUGACGCGCAUACUGAAGUGCAAGAGCUGCAGGCAGAGCUGGAUGCUGCCGAUGAUCGGGUGCUGGAAGAAGCGGAUCGGGUAGAGCAAAAGAUGAAGAGCAAAAUUUCCGAUUUGGUGAGUCGAAAGGGUCCGCGUGUUGCACGGUCCAGAAAAUGUAUACUUACAUUCACUCUACCCACAGGAGAUCGAGCUGGAAGAGGAAAGAGGCGAGGUGAAUAGCCUGACCACGCGCUUGCGUCGUGCUCAAGAAACGCCCGCUCGCCCCAGCACGGGAACGGUGAUGACUCCUGGAAAGGAAGUGCAACUCGAGACCAAGUUCAACGAACGUUUGCAGAUCGCAGAUCAACAUUACAAAGCCGAGCUUGCACUCAAAGAUGAGGAAAUCGCUCACGUGAAAGAAAUUCAAAGGGUCACGGAGGAGCGCGUUGAGAUGCUCAAAAAACAGAGCGCUAUCAUAGAAUCUCUGGCGGACCAGUCUAGAGCAGACUUCGACCCGGACAAGACGCCCGUUCCGCGCCAAGUACAGUCGCUUCGAACUGCCCGCACUCCUGCCUCGCCUUUUUCGUUUGUCGGCGUGAGUGCACGCGUGAUCUGCUCAAGCCUUUGCGCUUGCAUUCGCUGACAGUCACAAUGCUACGCAGUCAUCGUUCGGAAAUUCCACGCUGGGCAACAAGGUGGAUCGCGACGAAGCGCAGCGCCUCCAAUUGCUUAUCGACGAGGGCAAUACUAGCAUGGACCACAAGCUGGCUUAUAUGAACGAGCAGGGAUUCUCUAACAUCGAGUCAAGGAGGCAACUGAACGAUGCUAGGCGCGAGAUUGCGGAGUUGAAAGCUGAGCUAAGAGCAGUCGGAGUGCCGGAACCUACACGAACGCUGCGAGACCCUUCCAUCUCGAUGGCAAGCUCGGACGGCACGACUAGGCGUCCCGAUUUCAAAGCAUUGAGCGAGCAGAUCCACGAGCUCAAAGUCACACUGGCUCAAGAGACGCAGCAAGUGCAGAAAUUGCGCAGCGAGCGUGAUGGGUUUGAAAAAGACAAUCGCGCACUGCGCGAUAUUGCUUCCGCCCUCAACGCCAAGAAGAGCCAGGAGGAGGAUGAGCUGAAACGAAUCGCUGUACACACGUAUGCUCAGACUCAAAAAGUGAGUGGAACACAGAGGCUGGUGACACCGAAGGCAGGGACUGAUUUUAGGCAUGUCCUUUGCGAAACAUAGCGCCUCGAUAGGGCAUUUCAGACCGUGCAGCAGUACGAUCAUGACCUACGCGAAGAACGUCAAAGGCUAUGCGGCCUGGAAGCAGAUUCUCGAGCUUCCAACAUGGAUAGCGCCCACCUGGAGGUGCAGUUGCGACAGGCCGAGGCUGCACUCCUUGCGCAAGAGCUGAAGCUUCGCGAGAAGCAGGACGCGCACGAGCGCAUGCAUUCCGAUUUGCUAGAGCGCUCGACCAUGAGCGCUUCGGCCCCGCUUCAACUACAACGUUUCCAAGCGGACGUGCAGCGCACUGCUGAAGAAGUGGCACAUAUGAAGAAUCAGCGAGCAGCCAUGAAGGAGGAACGUCAUCAACUGCACAUGCGGUAUCAGGAAGCCGCACAGGUGAGUGUGCACGUUCGCAGGCAAAGCCUGACCCAUACUCACCGCCCUCAUCUUCUACACAGCGUCACGAGAACGUGUAUGCUGAGCUCGAGGAAGCGCGCGCAGCGGUCAACACCCACGAGAUCCAAUUGAGCGAGCAAAUAAGGACGAUCGAGUCGUUGCAUGCCCAGCUUCGCGCGACGAAUUGGAAGCUUGCGGUGACGGAGGAUGCCAAUGCACGUCUAGAGCAGCGACGCGAUGCCGUUUUCGCUCAGCUCCGUGCGCUCGAGGCGGAGCUGCGUCGCGUCAAGAGCAAGUCUGACGAGUAUGGCGCAGAUCUUGAGAGGGCCAGACGCGAUCAAGAGCUGGACAGAGCACGCGCAGUCGAAAUUGCUCAGAAGUCCAUCUUCUCCAACUCCAAGGCGCACGACAGGAUCAGUGAAUUGGAACGCGAUUUGGCGAUUGCCAGUAAGCGCUUCUCUCAGAAUCGUGCGCAGACGUGA